AUGAAAACAUUAGGAAAAUUAAUAUAUGAGUAAUUGAAACAUAAAUAUGAUAAUGCUAAAACUCGGCAAAACCAGAAGAGAUUUCAUUAUUAAGUAUAUAUUUGAAUUUGAGAGGAAUAGAUAGAAAUUGAUUGUGGAGAGGUUGUAAAUAUAAAAGGAAUGAAAUAGACCGAAUUAAUUAAUAAAAUCAACACAGGGUAUUUUGAUUUAAAGAAUUUACUUUUCUAUCUAUUUUUAAAGUAAUUUGAAAGAAUAGGGGUUCUAAUCUAUUAUGUAGUGAUGAUUGUUCAUUUUUGCACUCUUUAAAUUAAGUACUAAUAAUUACAUAUUGAAAGUUAAGAGGAUUUAGUUGUUUACAUUUUACCAUUGUCAAUGCACUAUGUUUUAUAGAUUACAAAAGCAUUUUAUUUUGAUUAUCGAAAAAUGGAAUAUGAUAAGAAAAUCAAUAAUCGAGAAGUCACAAGAUACAGAAGAUUAAGGAAAGAAAUUAAUUAAGGUAAUAAGUCUUAAAUAAUUGUAUAACAAAAUGAAAAUUAACUUAUAUCCAAAGAACCAUAAGGUGUAAUAUCAAAAGCUGAGAUAUAAAAAAAACCUCAUUCAGUUUAGUCUGGGAGAAAAAAAGAAAAAUUAUAACUAUAUGAAAAUGUUCAAUGGUAACAAUUAGAAGUAGGUGAUAUAGUUUAUUUAAAAAGAAAUGAAGUAUGUCCUGCAGAUUUAUUAAUUAUUGAUGUGUCAGAUGAUAUUGUUGGAAUUUCUACAUAAUAAUUAGAUGGUUAGACAUAAGAAGAUGGAAGGUAACCAACAUAAUUAACAAUGUUAAAAAAUGGUAAAUACAAAGCCUAGGGUUUUGAUUAUAAAAAGAUAUUGACAGGUCAAAUUUAAUUUGAUAAAGACUCAAAUGAGAAUAUUUUUGGUUAUAUCAAAUUAAAAAAGGACCCUAAGGGAGAAAAUUUCAAUAGACAAAAUGUAGUAAGGAGAGAAGAACAAUUAAAAACAUGUUAGUACUUAAUUGGGUUGGUAUUAUUUGCAGGAUAGAAAUGUUUGUGUUAUGAUAAUUUAAAAAUGGCAGAGAAGAAAUCAUUUUUUGUUUAAAAAUCUAGAAUGUUUUUUGCACUGACUUUGACCAUAAGCAUAAUAAUAACAUUUAUUAGUUGGUUAGUUGCUUCAUUUUAAAUGUGUAGAAGUGAAUAUGAAGGAGCCAUGUUUGAUAGCAUUACAUUGGUUUUUUAUAUGAUUCAGUAUUUAAAGACAACUCCAAUAUACUUUUAUAAUUGUAUAGAUUUAAUCGAAAUGGGAUAUGCUCAUUUUAAAUAUAGGAGAUCAUAAUAAAAUAGUUAAUUUGAUAUGAGAAUCAAAGUUGGUACUAACAUUGGAGGUAUAAAUAAUGAAAAUUAAUAACAAUAAUCGAUCAAUUAUUAAUAAUUGAAUUCUGUUUCAAUAGGUGAUUUAGUCAUGACUGAAUAUGUUUGUUUUGAUAAGACUGGAACAUUAACAUCUGGUGAUUUUAGAGUUAGAUCAAUAAUAAUAGAAGAUAUGAUGUACAAAUUCAGUUAAAAAAAGAUACAAAAUGGAUGGUAGUUGUAUAAAGAUAAUUUAACAUAAUAGUUGAAAUAAAAUCCAAAUUUUCGAAUUCCUGAACAAGAAGAAUACUCUGAUGAAUAAAUUGCUAUUGAUUAAUUAUAAAAGAUAAGAAAUAGUAGUUGUAAAAAUACAAUAUAACUAACAAAAUCAAUAAGUAAAUCGUAGAAUAUGAAAUAAAGAUCUACAUUUUUACAUCAGACAUUAUUAAAAGAUGAAGAUGCAUAAAAUAACUUUAAUAAUAAAUUAUCAACAUUUUAACCAUUAUAAUAAUCUGGAAUAUUGAGUAAGUCAGAAUUGGAUAGUGCAAAUUUUAAAAAUUCUGAUGGUAAUAUUUCAGAAUUAAUUGGACAUAAUAUUGUAGAAAAUUUAAAACCUGAAGAUUUAGAUGAUACUCAUUGUAAAAUUACACCUGAAUUGAAGGGGAAUAAACCUAAACCAUUUUUUAAUAGAUCAAUUAUUAUUAAUUAAUCCCUCUCAAUUUAAUAGUCUCCAGGUUAAAGUCCAUUUGAAGAAAUUCAAUUAGUACCUUAAGAAGAGAAAUUAUCUAUGAAUAGUGAAAAAUAAAAAAAACAAAGAAGUGAUAGUGAAUUAACAAAAAAAGAAGAUUCUCGUUAAAUAAAAAAGUAAUCAUCUUUUGUUUAGAAAAAUAAUAAAUAUUAAACUUAAUUUUUUUAGUUUGAUGAAGAAUAAAUUGAAAUAGCUUUUUAUAAAGAUUAAGAAUUUUAUUAAAAGUUAGUAUGUGGAUAAUCUUAAAUGUUUUAUUAAGAAGCAGUACUAUCUUUAUUAUUAUGUUAAGAAGUAAUAUCAAAAUUUACAUAAUCAGAUGAUUAAUUUAUUCAUGAUUCAACAUCUCAUUUGUUUGAUUAAGAAUUAAUUAGAUUUGCUAAUUUUUUUGAUAUCAAAUUUAUUUGUACAAAUGAAUAAAGUGGAAAAAUUACUUAUAUUAUUGAAAUCUUAAAAGAGAUUCAUGAAUUCUAAAUUCUGGCAAUUAAUUAAUAUUCCAAUUUACAUCCUCGAUUAGGAGUAUUAAUAUAAUAUCCAGAUAAAUUGGCUGAAUAAUUUAAAUUUUCUUCUGAUAAUGAUUAAGAAGAUGAACUCAUCAAUUCAGUUCUCAUUGUAAGAGAAGAGUUCAAUCAAAUUCCAUCAUAUGUAGAUAUUGAUAAAAGUAGUCGUGAAUAUUGGGAUCGCAUAUUUCUAAAAUUACAUAUGGCUGGUAUGAGAACAGUAGUAUAUUCUAAAAUUUAUUUAAGAGAAAAUGAAAAAGCCAAUUUUCUUGAUAGAUAUUCAGGAAUCAAGUUUUCUUAAUCUUAAAAUGAUCUAAUCUAAUUAUUUCAUGACAUAGAGAAGGAUAUGUAAAUUAUGCAUGUUUUAGGUAUUAAAGAGAAAAUAAGACCAGAUGCUAAGAUUUUAAUUUAAUAAAUGAGAUAAGCAGAUUUAAGUUUAUUUUUAUUAUCAGGUGAUGAUUUGAAUAGAGUUUUACCUGUUGCAUAUAAAUCAAAACUAUUAUCAACAACAGAUCAAUUACUAUAUAUAGAUUCAGAUAAUGCUAAAUUAGUAAUUAAAAAUUAAUUGGCUUAAAUGGCAUAAUAAUUAUAAUCCAAUGAUUCUAAUAAUAUCAAUACCAAUAUUAACACUAUGUAAUAAUCAAAAGCCCUUAGAUUAAAUACUUUGAGUGAUAAGUAUCCAUCCAAAAGUGUUGACCAAAAUUAAAAUUAGGAUAGUUAAAAUAAAUUGAUGGGUAAAAGUUAGUAAAUGUAAUUUUAAAUGUAUCCAGAGAUUAAAGCAUAUUCAAUAAUAUUAAGUGGAGAAUAAUUUAAAAUCAUAUCUGAAGAUAAUGUAUUAUUUACUCAUUUAAUAUUUCUCUUAUAUUUUUGUAAUUCAUUAAUAGCAUAUAAAUUUAAUGCAAAAGAGAAAGCAGAAAUUAUUAAAAUAAUCUAAACCUAAUUUUAAGGUAAUAAAAAAGUCUUAGCAAUUGGAGAUUCAUUUAAUGAUAUUUAAAUGUUUAGAAAAGCCAAUAUGGGGAUUCAAUUAUUUCACAUUCCAAUUAACUAUUAAAUAUAAAAAAUGAGUACUAAAUUGAAAAUAAAUUAACGAUUAUCAAUGAACAAGAUUAUGGAAAAUCCACUAAAAAAAAUUAAUACUAUUAAGGAUAUUUAAAAAAUGCCUACUUCAGAUAUAUGUAUAAAUAAUUUUGAAGAUUUCUGUGGAUUGAUGUUCUUUGAGAGUAGAAUAUUUGCUGAAGUUUAUGACGAUUUACUAGUAUUCUCAUUUUAUAGAUCAUUAUUAAUUUUGUAUUCUUUAUUUCUAAUGUAUUCAACAAAUUGUGCAUAAAAUUAUUAAUUAAUUGAAGGUGGUUGGUUAACAGUUUAUUAGAGUUUAAUGUUGAUUCUAUAAUAAAUAGCAAGUUUAAUAUCAAAACUCAAUGAAAAUUAUCAUGCUGAUUCUAAAAUGUAUCAAGAACAAUUCAAAAUCAAUAUAAAAACUUUUAAAAAGAAAAAAGUUAUAUCAUUUGUAUUUAAAAUAAAUGGUAAUGCCUUACUUGAUGCAGUUUUAUUAUGGUUAUCAUACUAUAUCUUAUAUUAUAAUAAUACCUAAAUAGGUAUCAUCAGAUAGAUGUUACUACUUUUAUUAAUUGGAAGUGAUAUUGUAAAAUUAUGUGUUUCAACAGUUUAAAAAAUGGUUGCAUGGAUAAUUUUAUUAUUUACAUAUAUUGUUUGUUGGCUUACAAUGUCAUUAUUAUCUGUUAAAUAUUCAUUUGAUGAAAACAUAGAAACUUUUGAAGAAUUAUUUAUUGAUCCAAAUUCAUGGUUUGUUUUCUUUUUCUAUAUAUUUGCUUAAUUAUGUCUAAGUACAUGUAUUGAAGUGAUUUAGCCAUUGUUUUGUUAAAGUUUAAUAAAAAGUGAAUAAAGUUAUGAAGAGAUAUCUCAGAUUUAAUAAAAAAUAAAUGGUAAAAAUAAUAUUAGUAAGAAGAAAUAUCAUAAUCUUAUUAAAAGAAUAGCAGUUAUAGCUGGUAAAAUAUUUAAAAGAAAUAAUGAUGAUUUAGAUAUAUCUAUUUAGGAGAUGGUAUCAGGAUCUAAUUUAAAGGUAAAUUAAGAUAAAGUGAAUCCACUUACAUUAAAGUUUAUGAAUAAAGAUACUGAAAUGAAAUUCAAAAGAUUAUCUAAAAUUUUAUGGUUAAAAUUAGAAAAAUACAAAUCUAUAUUUACUCUUUUCUUUUUAGAAAUAAUUGCUAUAAUAUUGUAUAUAGUAUAUAAUUUGAAUUCAUUUCAAACUAAAUUAUAUUUCAUGACAUAUAUUUUAGGUAUAGCACUAGAAAUUGCUUUGUUGUCUUUAGUGUGUUCUAACAUAUAUCCAAAACAUUUUUUCUUUAUAAAUUUAGCAAUAGUUAGUAUUAGAUGUCUGAUCAAAUUUAUUUGUGAUAUUGGGACAACUGAAAUACAAGGAAUCUAUGAAAUAUUGAUUACUUAAAAUUAUAUAGUGAUAAUACUUUAAUCUAGAGUUCAUUUACCUAUUGUAAAUUUUAUUUUAGUACUUAUAUCCAUAGUAGGAUUUCUUAAAAAAUUUUCAAUAAUUGACUAUUCAAUAGUUUAAGUUACAUAUUUUGUAGUGAUCAAUGGUGAAAUAAUAGCUAUAGCUACAAGUAUACUGUUUAUGACAUUGCAAUACAAAUUGAUAAGAUUAGAAAGGGAAGACUUUAUGUUAGAUGUGACAUUAAAUUAGGAGACUUCUAAUAUGACUAAUGUAUUGUCUAUUUUAUUGCCAAAAUUCAUAAGGGAUAGAAUAAAUGCAAGUAAAAAUGAUAUAAUAUAUUAGAGGGAAUGUUUGAAAUAGCUGAGAAUUAAGGAAAUGUAUCUAUAGUAUUUUGUGAUAUAUGUGGAUUUGAUGAUUUGAUAUCAAUAGAGAAAGAGAAUGUAGUUAAGAUAUUGGAUGGACUAUUCAGAUCUUUUGAUUAAUUAUGUACUUAAAAUGGAAUGUAGAAGAUUGAGACUGUAGGUAAAACUUAUAUGGCUGCUGGUGGAUUAAAAGCUGUAGAUUAAGGAACUAAAUUUAACAAUUAGAAUUGUGUAAAAAGAGUAAUAUUAUAAUUGAUAUCUGGUAGGCAGUGUAAUUAUCAUUGGAAAUGAUGGAACAUACAAAGAAAGUGAAGUAUGGGUAAAUUGGUUAUUUAACAAUAAAAAUUGGGAUACAUUAUGGUAGGGUAAUAGCUGGAGUCAUUGGUCAUCAUAAACCUUAAUUUUCAUUAAUAGGAGAUACAGUAAACACAACUAGUAGAGUGUGUUCAACUGGAUAGGAUGGACAAGUCACAUUAUCUAAUGAAGCUUAUUAAGAGAUCAAUAUGCCUGAUUUAUAAUUUACUUAAAGAAAGGUGGCUGCUAAAGGAAAAGGAGAAUUAAUCACUUAUUAAGUAAGUAAAGAUAUAAAGAGAAAUAAUGAUAAAAAAGGCAUUAAAAAGAGAGGUGUCAUAUUAAAGAAUGAAGAAUCUAAUUAAAUGGUUUUUUCUCCUUAAUCAUCUUUACAAAUAUAGUAACCUUAAGGAUAUUAAAAUCAAACAAAAUAAACAUCUUCUUUUGCUUAGAAUUCAUAGAAGAGAUAAAAUAGUAUUAUUAUCAACAAAUAAGAUGAUGUAUCUCUUUAAAACCAAUAAUAAGAUAUUCUACAAUAAUUCUCAUCAAAGUAAUCGAUACCUGUUUAAUAAGAAUCUUCAUAAGAUUCAAAUAGACCAUAGGAACAAGUGAAGUAAUUUAGAAGAAAGACUAAUUAAAGGUAGACUUUAUUAAUGAGAGGGUUACCUUAACCAGCCUAAACUGCAGGAUAAAUAAAAAUUAAUAGUAAUCAGAACAUAUAAUAUGAUCUUGAGUAAGAUAAUAGUUGUUAAGAUAAAGAGUUAUAAUAAUCAUAUUUAGAAAAAUCAAAUUUACUCUCUGAUAUUUCCUAAAAAUUAAGAAGAGAAUUAUAGAUAGAUUUAAUUGAUGAUUUUCCUGAUUAUGAUAUAGAAAUUGAUAAGAUUAAAGGUUAUUUAGAAGAUGAUAAUAGUAAUGUUAUAAGUGAAUGUUUAUAAUUGGAAAGAAAGAAAUUAUAUUUAGGAUUUAAAGAUCAUUAAUAUUAAUUAGCUAUGGAAUUUACAGAAUAGGUAGCUGAAGGUAGAAAUAUAGUAUUAAUAACAAUUUAUUUGCAUUUUUUAUAAUAUUUGGCUAAGACUUUUACAUUGUUCAUUAUAUGGUAAUAUGAUAUCAUAGCUAUUGCUAAUUUGAUAAUCAUAAUAAGAUUAGUAGCUGCAUUGAUACUAUUGAUGUUAGCUUUGUCUUAAAAUAAGAAAUUAAAACAUAGAUUCUAUAAGAGUAAUUACUUUUUAGGCACUUAUAUAAUAUUAUUGUUAAGUAUUUUAUUUGAAUUUAUCUUGUUAAAAAGUGAAGAAUUAAUAGAAUUAUAGGCAUCUGAAGGUAUUUUAUUACUUUGCUUUUUUUGCUCGUUAUAGAUAAUUGAAAUUACAUAUAAAUUAAUGUUUCUAUUGGUUUUUUGUUUUGCAUAGAUUAUGAUUGUAUUAAUAAAAUUUCAUAGUUGGCCAAUAGCUUAUUAUACUAUAUUUUAGGGUAUCUUAAUGUUUUCUGUACAUUAUAAUUUGUUUUAUUAAGAUUUGAAUACUUUUAAUAAUAAGAGAUCUUUAGGAAUAAAGAAAAGUUAAUCUGAAAACUUAGUUAAAUAUUUAUUACCUAAUCAUAUAUUAAAAUAAUUCUUAUCAAAUAAUUAAAGAGCUUUUCUGGUAGAAUAAUUGGAAGAUGCUACAUUAUUAUUUGCAGAUAUAGCUGGAUUUACUGAAUAUUCAAGUAAAGUAGAACCAGAAUAAGUAGUAAAUAUGCUUAGAAAUCUCUUUACUGAAUUUGAUAAAUAAUGUUUAACCUAGAAUACAUAUAAAUUAUAUACAAUAGGAGAUUGUUAUGUAGCUUUAGGAAUUAUAGAUAUCAGACAAAGGAAUCCUGCAUAGGAAGCUAGAAAUGUUGUUGAAUUGGGAUUUGGUAUGAUUGAAAUAAUAAGAAACGUUAGAUAGAUAAUAGGAUUUGAUGGAUUAGAUAUGAGAAUAGGAAUACAUACUGUAAGUAUAUUGAAUAAAUGAUUAGGGUAGAGUGAUAGCUGGUAUUCUAGGGACUGAGAUAGUUAGGUAUGAUGUAUAUGGUGCAGAUGUAAUGAUUUCAAAUAAGAUGGAAUCUAAUGGGGAGAGAGGAAGAGUUUAAGUAUCAGAAGAGACCAAAUAAUUAUUAGAAUCGUAAUAUCCAGAUACAUUUAAUUUCAUUCAUAAUAAAUUGAUAGAAUUUAAGUCAAUAAAUAGAUAGACAAAUGGAUACUUUGUAGAAAAGAAUGAUUCUGGAUUUGAUGAAUCUAAUAAUUUAUAAAGUGGAAGAGAAUCUAUUAAACUAUGA